AUGAUCCAGAAAUUUACGAGUGAUUUAUUUUUCUCUCGGCUUCUUUACGAGAGGAUCAUAUCCAGCGGCUUGAACGAGGUCGGGAUCUUCAAAGAGGCAAGCCGGUUGAUCACAUCGACAGGCGCAGGCAAGAACACAGAGGCACUCACCCAGCGUGCUUGGAAGCGGAUUUGUGAUGCAGUGAUUGCCUCCCAACCCAAGGGGUGGAUAGAGUAUUUCCCCACUUAUGCCAAUGAUACCAUCCGCUGUAUCAAAGACUGGGAUGACCAGUUUAAUCUCAUAUUGGCUGCAUGGCUAGGACUAGACGAUGUUGUAGGGGCUUGUUUGGAAAAUGGGGUCUCGGCUGACCUGAGCCAUGAGCUCCUUGGGAAUGCGCUGUACGCUGCGGCAUUCAACGAUCAUGAAAAUAUUGCACGACUUCUGAUCAAUAAAGGCGCUCACGUCCAGAGGAUGUGCAGGCCCAACGCUGAUGCACUACAGCUUGCCGCGUAUAGAGGCUCUCGGCGAGUGGUGCGGCUACUUUUGACUACGGAUGCAGACGUGAGAGACUGGACCUGCAUGCAGAUUGGACACGGUCCUUUUGGAAACCCUCUUGGAGCUGCUGCAGCCGCUGGGCAUGUAGACAUUGUUCACAGCCUCCUUCAACGAGGGAACAUCGAAUUGAAUAGUGGAGACUGGCAAUCCAGAACUCCUUUAUUCCGUGCUGCUGAGUACGGUCGAGCAAAUGUUGUCAAAUAUAUGCUGGGCCUGCCGUCCAUUUCCCUUAUAAUCAAGGACACUCGGAUGCGUACACCUUUUGCAUACGCAGUGGAUAAAAGCUGCCAGUACCUAUUUAAUUUUAUCCUGCGGCAAUAUCCUCCGGGGCCUGAUGGCGCUCAACUCCUGCUACGGACGAUUACGGGCCUUGGACACGUAGAAGUUAUACGACUGUUCUUGAGUCGUGAAGACGUUUGCCCAGAUUGGGAUUGCGCUCUAAAUCAUAUCCCGAAGAGGAUCUUUUAUCAAUACAUGGAUGUGGUGGAAUCGUUAUUUGAAUGUGAGGAACUACGUUUUGACUCUCCUAAAUUUGACAUUGCAAAAGGGAGGCUACUGAGCUGGGCUGCUAGCAUUGGACGACUCAGGAUAGUCAAAUCGUUACUACAGCUCCAUAAUACCAAUCCAAAUGGCUGUGACCGCGAUGGUUGGAGCGCCAUUUGCUGUGCAAUCGCUUCUGGCCACAUUGAUGUUGUUAGGAUUCUACUGGCGACAGACGGGAUUGAGUUGAACGGUGAUGUUGGGUGGAGACGAAGUAUUCCUCUCGUGGCUGCAACGAGACACAAAAAUAUUGAGAUUUUCCGUCUUCUCCUGGAGGAUAAAAGGGUCAUACCAGACAUAAACAUUGGUGGUGGCAGGACGGCCUUGAUGUGCUCUGUGGUACAUGGCCAAUUGGAUAUGUUUCAAGCAUUGAUUCUCAGAGGUUGCGAUCCAAAUUCAAAAAAUGAUACUGGGCUCACGUCACUUCACUAUGCCGCCAUCCACGGUAGGAUAGAUAUAGUAGAGUACCUCCUCAGCCGACCAGAUAUCCAGCCCAAUACCCCAAGUAUUAAUGGAGAUACUCCGCUACAUCAAGCAGUUCUCAAUGGCCAAGGGGAGGUGGUAGAUGUUUUACUGGAUAGUCCUCUUGUUGACCCGAAUGUGGCCAACGAUGAUGGGUAUCCGCCUCUGUUCUAUGCCAAAGAAAGUAUGUCUAUCCUUCUUUGUUUCCCCUUUCUUGUCAUGUCAGAAUGCUUCAGUCUUGGAAAUGGUAAGCUUAUACAUUCGAUUUCGCACCCUUUCCAGGAAAACACAAUAUGGUCUCAAGACUGUUGA